AUCGAUUCCUAUCCCUGCUGCUGUAUCGAUGUUCUCUGUGAUCGCUACCAGCAGCUGUUUGCGGAAGUGGCUACUUGACUUUUGUCUGUGAGUAAAAGCGUAUUGAUGCAUCUGGCAGCCGGAGGUUGACACUCGCUAGAUACAAAGUAAAGCAGCUGUAAAGUAUGAUAAAAGUCUGAAAAUCUGAGAAGAGGUUUACACACUGCAAGUGCAAAGCAACGCAACGUAACGUAACAGGAUGCAAACGGGAGCCAUGGUGGCCCCGGAGCAGCCACAGGGGAGUGCUGCCGCAGUGACAGGUGAGCGGGGGGAUCUGGCUGAACUGGCCCAUGGGGAUGGUGGGGUCCCUGAGCUGCCAGAACUCCACAGCCCCAAACCACAGACCUUCGAUCUCUUCAACAUGGUAAUCUCUUUCAAGAGGAUGGAGAUCUUCCUGGAGCCCCUCACUGACACCUGGGAGCUGGUCAAGUACUUACUGAGGUGGAGAAUGCCUGUCUGUUCGCUGCUCUGCUGUCUCAUAUUGAACAUCAUCUUUCUAACACUGAGUGAAGUGGCCUGGUUUUCCCUGCUCCUGCUGGGUAUCUCAGCCCCAGCUGUGCUGGGGUACAUACAGGACUGCUCCCAAGAGAGCCCUUCAGAGCUGGUCCUGCAGAGGAAACGGCACCACGCUGUCCAGCGGCAGGACCUCCAGACCGUGCAUCUGAGCAGAGAGGAGGCACUGCUGGAGGUCAAGGGGCUGUUGGUGCAGUUGGAUGAUAUUCUGUCACGAGCUUGUCUCUCUGCAGAGUCUGUAUACCGAGUGCUGUACUGGGAGAACCACAACACCUCCUUCCUGUUCUAUGGGGGGCUCCUGACUGCACUCUGCCUGUGGUAUAUGGUCCCUUUCUGCUGGAUCCUGGCACUGGUUAACAGUGCCCUCUAUCUGUGGAACAGAGAAUUUGUGCGAGUUGUACUGGAGUACAGGGAGUCCUUUCACCAGAGACGGCUCAAACCCAAGGAAGGAGAUGGUGAAAACAUGGAACCGGAGCUAGCAUCUUUUAUGGACCGGACUCCAACACCUACCAGUGUAGAGGAUCUGUCCCCAGGGAGUGUUGAUGAGGCAGAAGAGGCGGAGCCUGAUGAUGAGUUUAAAGAUGCGAUUGAGGAGCAACAGCAGCUAAUUCUGCCGGAGCAACAGCUGAUAUUACCGGAGGACGAUGAAGUCCCACAAUGCACUGCUGAUUUUGAUCUUGGGGUUACCGACAUUGGCCUGCUAAGCAGAAAUGAGCCAAUCAGGAGCAAAGUUUCCAAACUGACUGAGAAGCUGCGGAAGCGCUAUCCUACAAACAACUGCGGCAAUUGCUCCAGCUGCAACGCCGUCUUUUCUGUGCUGAAGAAGAGACGGAGCUGCAGCAACUGUGGAAACAGCUUCUGCUCAAGGUGCUGCUCGUACAAAGUCCUCAAGUCCAGCAUGGGGGCCACCGCUCCUGAGGCCCAGAGGGAAACAGUGUUUGUAUGCAGCCCCUGCAACCAGAGCCUGAGCAAGAAGGAAUAGAAUCCACCAUCAUCCCAUCUCUCUCUCUCUCUCCCCCCCUACCUGUAUCCCCUAACCUUUAAUCAUGUCCAUUCCUUCUCACUCAGCUAGGGCUAGGACAUUUUCAAUCUCAUUUCCAGUGUAUAAGGGAAGCCAAACAUGGUGGUAUUGGAUCUCAACAUGUAUAUUCUCUGUCAGCAUUUUCAUACUUUUUUAACAAGCAAUUUCAAGUAUUGUACACAUUUGUAGGAUUGAGCCCUGCAGUAGAAAGAAAGCACUGUUGGUGGUCUGGUCCUGGUCAAAAAAAGAAAAAAAAGUUUAAAUAAUAAGCAUGUAAAUAUAAAGUGUACAGUAUAUAUGGAGAUUAGUGUAGCUUUGUCAGUGAGUUCAUCCUUGCAGUUGUGAAUCACUAUUACUGUUACUUUUUCCACAUCCUCUGACAUUAAUUGUAAGCAGAGGUAAUGCAAGACUAUCAGCAGUUGUUAACUUUCAUGUACACUCGGUGAAACAAAUAAACUAUGAUUAUGAUGUGCUAUACAGUACCACAAAUAUCCUGGACGGUAAAUUAUUCAUUUUAAGAAAGUUAGUCACUGAAUGUAAAAGCCUGUGAGGAAUAUGUCUUGUGCUUUAUUUAUGUUUUAUUUAUUUAUAUGUUUGUUUUAAGGGUACAUUUUCUGUGGUGAUUUAAUUCUGUUUUUAGUUUUAUUCUGGUAACGCUCACCCUUCACAAUAAAUACAGAUGGCAAUGAG